CAUUUUAAAACAAUCAAUCAUGUCGUUGAUAAAGAAAAUUUAUAAAAAAAUUUCCAAAAAAUCAAAUAAAUCAAAUGAAUUUCGAUGGAAUUUUACAUUAUGGUUAUAUAUUGAAUAUUCAUGGCAAAUCUAUAUGGGUAUUGUUUGGUUUUGUUUUCUUUCUCAAUUUUUUCGACCAGCAAUUGUUUGUAUUGGAAAUGAUUCAAAUAUCGAUUAUGAAAUGGCCGAAUCGCUUUGUUUUCUUGAAUCAAGUUUUACUGAUUCUCAUCAUGAUGUUGAUAAUGAUCAUAAUAAUGUUCAUCAUUUUAAUCGUAUUUAUUAUUGGUUAAUACCAAUCAUGAUUACAAUGUGUUUGAUGUUUAUAUUACCGAAAACAAUUUGGUCUCGAUCGAAAAAUUGUCGUUGUUUACAAUCAGCAAUAAAUAAUUCAAUUGAUUCAUUUGGACAUCAUAAUCGUAAACAAACAAUAAAAAUACUAAAUAAAUUGAAUCGAAUUACCAAUAAUAAUAAUCAUCAUAUGACAAUAAUAAUUUUAUUCAUACAUUUAUGGAUAUUAAUUUCAUUACCAUUAAUGAUUGGAAUGUUUUCCUGGACAAUGAUACCAAAUACUAAAUCAAUAUUGAUUUAUGGUUGGGAAUGGAUCAAAUUUCAAUCAAAUAAUAAUAAUAUUACAAUUGAAGAAGAUCCCAGACAAAAGUUAUUUCCGACAAUAGUACCAUGUACAUAUCGUUAUUAUGGUAAUAGUGGUCAAUUACAACGAACAGAAUUAUUAUGUUCGAUUAGAUUUAAUCUACUAUUAGGUAGAAUUGUAUUGUUUAUAUGGUUUUAUUUAUUCAUAAUGGCAUUAUUAAUUAUAAUCGAAUUGAUAAAAAUUAUUUUACUUUCCAUUCCAACAAUACGUUCAUAUUAUAUUCAAUAUAGAUUUUUACAAAAUUGUCGAAUCAAGCAUAUUGAACUUGAUUAUUCAAUGAUAUUAAUCAUUAGAAUGCUACCGAUCAAUAUUGGACAUUUGAAUACGAUAAAAUUGUUGAUUGAAAUUGUUCACCGAAAAAAAAACGAUGAAAAAGUCAAUGGCAUACAAUAAUGACCAUCAUUUUCUCUGUUAUCGGCGAUGACACUAU